AUGUCCAACGUGGAUGUCAUUUACAAGAAGGUUCACUUCAGGCACGACCCACGCUGGUCCGCGAUUACUGGACCCAGUGCAGGCGAUGUGGUGCUGUGUGUUGCAUGUGUUAUUGAAAUGAUGGAGAGCAAAGAUGUUUCGUGUGUACGAAAGUCAGUGGCAUUGGCUGGAGUUGGUGGAGUUCUAAAGCGAUCUCCUGGAGCCAUCAAAGAGUUGCUCUCCCAGGAUGCUAGAGUGGGACUACACUUCAUUGCCUCUUUACUGGGGAUACUUCGCUCUUCUGAAGACUCAGCCACUUUGGAACAGGGUAUACAAGUUCUUGUUCAUCUGCUUUUGGAGCUGCAGAGUGAGCAGUUUGUACAGGACGUACUGAAUGACAUCCACACACAGCUGAGCCAGCAGGCGAGUGUGAGAGGCUUCUUACCCAUCUUCACAUUUCUGGGGAAGCUGGUGGAUGUACUUCCUGCUCUGCCCCAGACUUUAGCCUGCCAUCACGCAUCCCCAGUCCAGUCUCACGUUCACGGAUCCUCCUGA